GCCCGGCCCGGCCCGGCCCUGCCUUCCCCGCCCGCUGCGGCGCGAUGUGGCGGCGGCGGUAUGUCAGCGCCCGGCAGCUGGACGGCUUCCGCCACUACAAGUACAAUGCUGUGGAUACAAAUCCUUUAUCUGUGUAUGUUAUGCAGCCCAUCUGGAACAAAAUUAUUAAGAUAGUGCCUUUGUGGAUUGCUCCCAACCUGCUAACAUUCUCUGGAUUUGUCAUGAUUUUAGUUAAUUAUUUUCUAAUAUCUUUUUAUGACUGGGACUACACUGCCUCAGGUACCAGUCCUGGACUUGUUCCAACCUGGGUGUGGCUGUUCAGUGCUUUUACCACCUUUUGUGCUUAUGCUUUAGACUCCAUAGACGGGAAACAUGCUCGAAGGACUCAGUCCAGUAGUCCUCUGGGAGAACUAUUUGACCAUGGGCUGGAUAGCUGGGCUACCUCCAUUUUUGUGCUCUCUUUUUUUUCUGUCUGUUCCCGUGACAAUGGGAAGACUGGAGUUUCUGUAUAUACAAUGUAUAUGUAUUUAAGCAUUGUCUUGUUUAACUUUAUGUGUUCACACUGGGAGAAAUAUAACACGGGAGUUCUUUUUCUUCCUUGGGGAUACGAUCUAAGCCAAGUGGUCUUAAUAACAGCAUAUCUGCUCACUGGUCUUGUUGGUGUGGAAGUUUGGCAGAAGCCUUUCCUGUUUGGUUAUUACAUUACAGAUGUAUUAGUAAUCUUGCUUAUAGGCUUCAGUUUACUUCUUUCAUUUCCACAAACACUCUACAACAUUCACAGAGCACAUCUAAAGAAAACACUGAAGAAUGGUUCUUUGUAUGAAGGACUCCUACCUCUUGUGUCACCUCUGUUGCUAUUCGUUCUUCUUACAGUCUGGGUGGUUUUAUCUCCAGGCAACAUAUUAGCAAAGCAACCAAGAUUGUUUUUAUGGAUGGUUGGGGUUACUUUCUCAAAUGUUAUUUGCAAAGUCAUCGUCUGCCAGAUGAGCAGCACCCGGCCCGAGCUGCUCCACUGGUUCCUGUUCCCCUUGGCGCUGGUGGUCUACGCAGCCAUCUCAGGGCUGCUGGGCUGGGCAGAAGAAGCGGUGCUGGCCGCGUUCACCACGCUGGUCACGGCGGCUCAUGUGCACUACGGCAUCUGCGUGGGGAGGCAGCUGAGCGAACACUUCAACAUUUACAUCUUUUCCCUGAAGAAACGCAUCCAAGAAUGAACACCUGCACUACGGUCAGACUGUAACACUUGACAUGGAGAUUUCCAGCUCUUUUGAUGUGAUAAAUAGUGGAAUUAAUCUGAUUAAAAUAACCAAAGAAUAGAAUAGUCCAGAUACUCAAACAACUGCGACAACGAGCUAUGCAGCAAGAUGCUUCAUCUCAGAGGAAAAUUCCUGUCCAGCAGAGACGUGUUUACCAAGUUAUGCUGCUGCUAAUAUUUGUUCUCUUCCCUAAUGCCGUGUCACCUUCUCUGAAGCUUUUGUCUUCCUCCUCCUUGCCACUGUGCCCGAAGCCCUCGAUAAAGCCAUGCUGGGUUACGUGGGAUCCUUGGUGUUUUAUAACCAGAACUGGUUUUGCCCAGGCUCUUCACCAGUGAGACCCCAGCAACGCAAACCCACCCACUACGUCCUUCCCACUCAGACAUCUGUGCCUGCUGCAGUUUCCAUAUUUGUUUUCUCACAACUCAGUUCUUCCACGCAGUCUCCUGAAGGGCUUACGCACAUUCGGUCUUUUCUUCACCUCAAACGAAUGUGUGAAGAGACUGAGAUCAGAAAGCUAUGGGCACACUGAAUUAUUUUUGAAAUGCAGGAUCCCUCCCCCCCCAGCAUUAAGAUGAAACUCAGCUGACCUGUAUCUGUCCAAAAUGCAGGCUCCAUACCGGAGGCGCUUGCUUUUAUACUUCUUUUCUAUGCAGUAACAAGCACAUUGUUGAUAUUUAAGUAGCAACAAGCAAUAUGCCCUACAAAGGUAACCAGCUGAGAAUAAAUUUUGCCAACAAAUGCUUGAAUAUGCUCAUAUUUCACUGCAAAGCACACAGCUUUAUAAACCAUGAAACGAGCAGUGAAAAAGGAGCCAGCCACGCACGUUCUAAAUAUUUUCGAACCUCGUCUAUCAGUGCAAAAUGCUAAGCAAACAAUUAUUUGCCUGUGUUCUUGAAACAAAUUCUUGUGGUUUCAGAUAAUGACAAAAAAAAAACAAAAACAAAAACAAAAACCAACCAAAUCAGACAAGAGCUUUUUUUUUUUUUUUUUGACAUUACAGAUUUGCAUGCAGAUGUAAACUGUUCUCUCCAUCUAUAACACAUGUGGGCUUUCUGUGUGCCUUGGAGGAAGAGCUAGGAAUUUGAGUUUUAUCUCUUUUCAUAUGCUGCCCUAGCCAAAGGGGCUUUGUGGCCUUGAAGCACUAAUGAAACAAUCUGUCCACUUUCCCCAAGGUAAGCAUUAUAUUAUAUUUCUUGCACAGAAGGGUGAGACUGACUGACUGGCAUGUUUAUUAAAUUGUUAAGUAUCUCACUCGCCAGAAGCAGGGCAGAAACACAGGUGUUGAGCCACUAAACUUUGGGUUCACCUUUUCCAGUUCUUAGACCUUUUUCUUCCUGGCUUUAUCACUGGCCUGAUCACUUUUCCCCCAGUUAACAUGCUCGUACAUCAGUAAGAGUAUUACAAUUUUCGGAUGACCACCACCUAGUCGUACCUUCCACCUGCACGUUAUGCGAACAACCUCAGUUUAAGGUUGCCUGUCACAGUAGUUGGCCCACCACGAUGUUGGUAGGGCAGACUUCCCCUGGCAGCAGCUACGAGUCUGAGGCAGGCAUGCACCGAGAAAUCUCACUGUUUGAUGAAGUUAAGUAUUAAUUCAGAUAAAAGAUACACUGAUAUAAAAGCCUAACCUGCUUCAAUAUUUUUAACCUGUCCAUCAAAAGUAUCCGGAGGAAGCCCUGACAAGAAUAAGAAUACAAUAAACAAAAAUACCUCUGGAUUGCAAGUGGUUGUACUGGAGGAACUCUGUGGACAGGCUUUCCUUUUCCCUCUAUUUUGCACUUAUUUAUAAAAGCAGUUGGAAAUAAGGGGCACAGAAGCUGCACAAUUUGGUACACUGUAAUGGAGUAUUUUGAAAUAUUGCAUUAAAUGAAAUUAUGAAACUUGAACUGCCACAAGCUGCCUGCACUUGUACCUUUCUAAACAGAAAUAUAGCAUCACUUUAAAAGGAAAUCAAGCUCCAGACAGCUUUUUUGUAUUCCACAUGGAGACACGGCAAAUAUUUUUUUUUUCUUUUGAAAGUAACUUGUCACUACAAUCUCUACAAAGACAAGUAUAAACAGAGAUCAUGUAAUGCACGGUGUACAUACUGAGUUGUUAGCCAUCUCAGAUGGUAACUGGUUCAAUGAAAGGGAAUAAAAACACUUUGUUCAUACGGCAGUGUGGUCAGAUUUAUUUUGCAAAGUCAGAUAAUGGUAUGAAGAUGACCAGAGCUUGGUUUAAGAACAAUUUGUUAUGGCCAAAAAGUUAAGUCAGAAAGUUUUCUUUUGAACUAUUUGAACUGGAAGAUGUAUUACUUCCAUUUUAUGCUCUUGAGCAUUCACACAAGCCCAAAGACAUGCCUCCCCCACGUCUUACGAAAAGCAAUACAACUAGCUCUGCUCACGCAGGUUUGGGUGCCCGGGUUGGAAAUUGGCUCCUCUGGUCCCUGCUUCACCUACCCCCAUAUCAGAAAUGUUCCCAAAGCGGGGCCGGACCCCUGCCCUGGGGUACCCGGAGGUAGUGGGAGGAUGGGAGGAGCUGGUCUGACCUCAGGGUGGUGGCACACAGCCAGGUGGCUCCAACCUGUGGCAGAAAGGCCUAAAACAGGUGACUUUUAGGUACUGCAAGGAAGAUUCAUCCCUGAAUCCUUAGCCCUUACAAAAGGUCACUGGGUGCUUCAGUGCCUUUGCUGUUGUGCCCUUUCCACCUCCCAGCUCCCUUAAGUUUUGCUUUUGAUGUACCAAAACUAAGUGACGCUACAGGAGAUUUAGUACCCUGAAAUUGGAAAGCAUUUGCCAUAAAAAAGAAUGUUCUGUUUACAUGUACAUAUAUAUAUAUACACACAUAUAUACAUGCAUACAUGCACCUUUUUAUUUGUUUGGUUUUGGUAGAAAGUGAUACAGUUGCUGGGCUCUUGGGGAAAUAAAUAGACACUACCUGCAGACACAGGAUAAGUGAACUUAUUUUUUUUUAAAGCAGCUGUCUUUUUCUUCCUGCUCCCAUAUGCACUCGGUAACGAAGCAAGUAAAUAUAUGUAUUUUAAACAGAAAAGUAUUAUUUUAGGAUGUUCUGAAGUCUCUAGAGCUAGACAGAUUUUAACAUAUUUUUUUUUAUUAAAUAUGUAAAAAGAUAAACGCAAGUCAAGUUAUUCACAUAUUCAGACAAAAAUCUACUCUACCAUGCGACAAUUUGUGGAUAAUGUAAAAUGACUGAUACAUCUGGAUAAGACUUUUUGUAUCUAUUAUGUCAUUACUUAUCUAUUUAUAAUUAACAAUACAUAUGUUUACAUUCCUUUCAGUUUACAUUUAAUAUAUAACCAAAGCUUUAUGGUGUGCUAUUUAGUAAAGGUAAUUACAAAUGCAUAUUAAAACCAUAACGGAAUAACGGGUUACUCGCAGGGGGGUGGGAGGAGAAGGACAACUCUUUCCCCUUUCAGAGCAUCGCUCUCCCCUCAGCACAGCCACAUUUCUAGUGCCCAAGAGGUAAUUUACUGCCCCGGCUCCCUGCAUCAGUCACUUCCUCCUUGACACAAGCAGCAAGAGCACUACACUCCUCAGACCAAAACCAGGAUGUAGAGAACUUAAGGAAAUGAAGUUCAGCUGUUGUUGUUGUCGUUCUUUAAAUGUGCUUCAAAGAGAAAAGUUCAGAGGCACCACAGCCUGACUAUGAACCCCUGGGAGCUCAACAACCCAACUGUCUGCACCUUCAGAGAAGCAUUUUCUCUUGAAGUGCUCUCCCUGCACCUGCUCGAAUAUUAGCAGGAGGACAAACUGCAGUAAUCAGACUGCUGCUGAUGAUUAGGUUUAUAGCCUGAUCCCAAACUCCUUGCCCCAUCAGAAAUCCCCUACAGGUUAAAGGACGUUCUGGAGACUGGAA